AUGUCGCGAUGGCCGUUGAUUCUCGCCUUGGGGGCGCUGGCAACGAUGGCCGCGUGCCUUCUUUGGCCAGGCACAGAUGCCUUGGACUUAUCGCUGCUGCCGCCGGCAACUGCCAGACUCCAGGCGGCACGCGAUCAGGAUGCCAGAGAAUCACAGGCAUUGCGGGCACGCGUCACGCAACUGGAGGAGCAGCUGCGAAGUACACAAGCAGACCUUGCAAGUGCUGUGGCAGACCGCGAGGCCUCGCGCAAGGAGUCCGACUUGGAGAAUCGCUCCCAGGUGGUGCCUGCUGAGCCUUCCGAGCCUGCUGCGCCUUCCGCGCCUGCUGUGCCUGAGCCUGCUGUGCCUACGACGACUCCUGUGGCUGAGACGGCUGCAACCGCGGCGCCAGCGCCAGCGGCGGAGCCCGCGAUGCCGAGCAAGCUGGCGGCGAUCGCCGCGCUACCCCCACUGCUGCGGAGGAAGCUGAUGUUCAUCCACAUCACCAAGACAGGGGGCACCGCCAUCGAAGACUGGGCAAAGAGCAAGGGCAUCUUCUGGGGCAGGUUCCACAAGCAGUACGCCGCUGUGGGCCGGGCCGGCAGUCCUUGGCACCAUCCCUUUCCUCUUCUUCCAGCCAAACUGCGAGAGCAGUACGAUUGGUUCAUGGUGGUGCGGCACCCAGUGGACCGGGUGAUGUCGGAGUACUACUGCCCCUGGACGGGGACCAAAAGCCCGGAGAGGGACACUGAGCAUGACCUGAACCUCUUCGUGCAGAAGUCUUUGGAUGGGCGGCGCCCGCUGCAGCCGGGCAGUUUCCAGCCCAUGUCGGACUACCUGGACCCGAGCUCCGUGCAGCACAUCUUGCACUUCGAGAGCCUCAACCUGGAGUUGCCCAGGCUGCUGGCAGCUUAUGGCAUCGAGUUCGACGGUAUGCCGCACACAAACAAGGCGAAGGGCACCAAGUUCAGCACCAAGAACUUGUGGGUGUCCACCCUGGAGCAGAUCCGCCGACACUACGCCCAGGACUUCGCCAACUUCAACUACUCCAUGGCCAAGUUCCUGAAGUAUACCGGGCGCAUGAUCUACCGCGGCCUUUGCGAGGUGGACGCCGUGAAUGCAGAUGGAUGCACCGUCUCCCUUUGCGGUGACGCCACGGGGAACUUCAUUUGCUAUCCCAUCAGCGAGAAGCUUCGCAGGGAUGGCCGUUUUCAUUGCAACUGGGGCCUGUGCGUGCUGAGGCGCCUGCCGGAGGGUGAGGAGAGUUGGACGGCAGAGGCGAAGCUCGAGGACAUUCGGGAGGAGCUGAAGGCUAUGGGUGGCAACACCUUCGCUGGACUGACUCCUUUGCAGAUGGCGGAGCGGACAGAGAAGAUCAUCGGGUGGUGCCUCUUUGACCGCGACCCUCUGGAGUCCUUCGACUUUUCCAAUGUGACCCUUCUGGGGGAUGCGGCGCAUCCCUUGCUUCCAUAUGGCAGCCAGGGCGCGACGCAGGCCAUCAUGGACGCAGAGGCCUUGGGCGUGUGCUACCAGAACGCUAUGGCCAAGAAAACAGGCAUCCGUGGCUGCGUCAAGGAGUAUUCCGACCUGCGCUGCGAGGUGAGCGGCAAGGUGGUGUUGGCCAACCGGGAGAUGGGCUCCACCGCGGUGCUGCGGGUGACCGCCACGGAGACUGAGGGAAUGGACCUGGAGACCAAGCGCCGGUGGUGCGCGGAGCACGGCAAGAAGCUCCACGACGAGGUGAUACAGAAAUACCGGGCCGCGAUGCCGAAGAGCGUCCGCCCCAAAGCCGACUAG